AUGAUAUAAUAGAAUAAUUAUUUCAAGGAUCUAAAAAAAUUUUUAAGCUCUUCACUUUAAUCUCAUUAGGUUCUUCAUGUUCAUCUGAGUAAUAUUUUUGAUUAAAUUGAAGAUGAAGGUGCAUCAUGCUUAGGUUCUGCUUUAGCAAAUUGCACUAAUCUCAAAGAUUUGACACUUAAUCUUAAGAACAAUAAUAUUGGUUCAAUUGGUGCAACAGAUUUAUUUUCUGCUUUAGUAAAUUGCAUUAACCUCUCUAAUUUGACACUUGAUCUUUUUGGUAAUAUAAUUCGUGCAAAAGGUGCAUCAGGCUUAGGUUCUAGUUUAGGAAAGUGCACUAGUCUCUCAAAUUUGAAGCUUUAUCUUAGUGACAAUUAAAUUGAUGAUGAAGGUGCAUUAAGCUUAGUUUCUGCUUUAGCAAAUUGCACUAAUCUCUCAAAUUUGGAGCUUAUACUCUCAAUGAAUUAAAUUAGUGAGAAAUGUGCAUCAGGCUUAGGUAUUGCUUUAGCAAAUUACACUAUCCUCUCAAAUUUGACGCUUGAUCUUUCUAGCAAUUAAAUUGGUACAACAGGUGCAUCAGGCUUAGGUUCUGCUUUAGCAAAUUGUACUAAUCUCUCAAAUUUGACACUUGGUCUUAAGGAUAAUUAAAUUGGUGCAAAUGGUGCUUCAGGCCUAUGUUCAGCUUUUGAAAAUUGUAUUAAUCUCUCAAAUUUGAAGCUUGAUCUUUGGUUGAAUGAAAUUGGCUCAAUAGGUGUAUCAAGCUUAGCUUCUGCUUUAGCAAAUUGCACUAAUCUUUCAAAUUUGUUACUUGAUCUUUAGGACAAUUAAAUUGGCGCAAUUGGUGCAAUGGACUUAGGUUCUAGUUUAGAAAAGUGCACUAAUCUUUCAAAUUUGACACUUUCUCUAAAAAUUAAUUAAAUUGGUGAUGAAGGUGUAAAAGGCUUAGGUUGUUCUUUAGCAAAUUGCACUAAUCUCUCUAAUUUGACACUUUAUCUUGAUGAAAAUUAAAUUGGUGAUGAAGGUGUAUUAAGUUUAAUUUCCAGUUUAAUACUUUGCAAUAAUCUCUCUAACUUGACACUUUAUCUUUGUAAAAAUCAAAUUGGCGAUGAAGGUGCAUAUGGCUUAAGCUCUGCUUUAGCAAAUGCUAAUAAUCUCUAUUAUUUAAAACUUAAUCUUGUUUCAAAUAAAAUGAGUUAUUCAUUAAAAUUGAAAAUGGAUAGCAAGUGUCUGAAAUCAAAAAGAUUAGUAGUCCUUACAAAAUAUUUCUUGUGGUGA